GUUUGUCAUACAUAUAUACAGAGUUAAGGCUGCCAUAGUAUAAAUAAUAAAGGGAAGGAAUCAAGGGAUUUCCACAAUAAUUAAUGGAGAAAGACCAGAAAUUUCCAACUGUCUUACUCUUUCCAUGGUUAGCACAAGGCCAUGUGACACCUUAUUUGGUGUUAGCCAAGAAAUUAGCACAAAGAAACUUUCACAUAUAUUUUCUUUCUACCCCCAUAAUUCUUGAAUCCAUUGAGAAAACCCUAGCCAAACAACCCUCAAGUAAUUUAUGUAUACAAUUAGUGGAAUUUCAUUUACCAUCUUCACCUAAGCUUCCUCCUCAUUAUCACACAACCAAUGGCUUACCUCCUCAUCUUAACUUCACACUUAUCCAAACUUUUCAAAUGGCUUCCUCAAAAUUUUCCACCAUUGUUGACACUCUAAACCCUAAUUUUAUCAUAUAUGAUAGCUUCCAACCAUGGGUUGCAACCAUAGCUUCUUCACGUAAUAUUCCUGCUAUUCAUUUAUACACUUCAGGUAUAGCUACUUUUUCAAAAUUCUAUCAUAUUCUCCAAGAAAAUAUUAGGGAAAUUAAUUGUGAUAUUAAUGAAAUUGCUGCCCAAGAUUUAGAUGAAAUAGAUAGGCAAAAAGUUUUAGGAGGGAUAGCCCUAAAAGCCUUUGAACAAUCUAAUGACAUUGUUUUGGUCAAUAGUUGUAAGGAGAUUGAAGGCAAGUUCAUUGAUCAUCUUUCUCAGUUGUCCAAAAAGGAGAUAAUACCAAUUGGUCCACUUAUUCGUGACGCCAUUGAUGAAGAGGAAGACUUAGAGAUCAUACAAUGGUUAGAUAAAAAAGAUGAAUCUUCAUGUGUUUUUGUUUCUUUUGGAAGUGAAUAUUUCUUGUCAAAGAAAGAUAUUGAAGAGAUAGCUAAAGGGCUUGAGUUAACCCUAGUAAACUAUAUUUGGACUAUAACAUUCCCUGCGGGUGUGACUACUACAAUUGAAGAAGUUUUGCCACAAGGUUUUCAUGAAAAAUCAGAGAAAGGGAUGGUUGUAAAAGGAUGGGUACCACAAGCUAGAAUUUUAGGACAUUUUAGUAUCGGCGGGUUCGUGACUCACUGUGGAUGGAAUUCUUUAUUAGAAAGUAUAUGUUUUGGUGUUCCUAUAAUAGCUUUGCCAAAACAUCUUGAUCAGCCUACAAAUGCAAGAUUAAUGGAGGAACUUGGCCUUGGUUUUGAGAUUUUGAAAGAUGAAAAUGGAGAGAUUAAAAGAGAGGAGGUGGCUAGAGGAAUAAGGAAGGUGAUGGAAAAUAUUGGAGAAGUCAAGAAUAAUGUAAGAGAAAUGAAGGAGAAGAUUAGAAUGAAAGGUGAGAAAGCGAUAGAUCAUUUGGCUAAAAAGAUUAAAGCCAUCUUGAAGUAGUGAUUGGCCAUUCAUGGCUUAGACUUUGCUACAAGCUUAUUGCAAAUGCAUAAAGAUAUAUUUUUAUGAUUGUAUCGUGUUUCAGUAUGUAAUUUCCACGUCAGCAAGUUGAUGUUCAAAGGAUUCAGUAAUUAGGGAAAAGUCAGUCGUGUAUUUAGGAAUUCAAACUAUGUAUUAUCAAUAAUAUUCCUAGCAGAGCUUCACUUCCCUAAUAUAAAUUGACUAGUCUUCAUUGUAACACUAAAAGUCAUCUCUUCAUCGUACUAGAUUUGAUCAUAAUAACUUUUUUUUUUUAAUAAAAGGCCAGUUUUGGCGUACCUCGACUCAUUCUAUGGGAUAUUUGCUAC